UUAUGGCGCGGAACUGCUUGAUAAGUUAACUCCUUUAACUUGAACUAAACUCAAACUCCGACGGCGCUAACUCUUCUAGCAUUAGCAUGGUUAUCUAGUUAGCAGUGAGAGAAUGACUAACUAGUUGGUUAGUGUGUGAAUCCUCAGGGGAGACUGAGUCCGAUACGUUCCCAGUUCAUGUUUACAGUCACAGCAGCUCGACAUGGAGGAGUCGGACACCGCAGCCAUUCUUCCCGCUGAUGUCCUCAACGCUACAUCCGAAGCGGAGCAAGCUGACGCGCCCACCGCCGCCGGGAGCUGCGACCCCCGACCCCGGUUCUCAUGGCCGCUGCUGCCGCCGGUGUCCGUGGAGCCGGUGCUGUUCCUCUCCAUGUUCUCUCUGGCCCUGCAGGCGCCUCUGUCCACUCAGUAUCUGUGGGACCGACUCAGCGAGGACCUCGGCUACAACGGCUCCAAGAGGUCGGAGUGCACCAACGGCUCCGUGCCCCCCGACCCCCUGCAGAAGGAGGUGGAAACCCUCACAGCCCACUGGAACCUGUACAUCAGUCUGGCAGGUUUGUCUGUAGGCCUGGUGGUGGUGCCUCUCCUGGGCUCAUGGAGUGACCUUGCGGGUCGCAGGCCAGUCCUCAUCCUCCCUAACCUUGGCCUCGCGUUGCAGGCAGUCGUUUACCUCGUAGUGAUGUACCUGAAGCUGCCGGUGGUCUACUUUCUACUGGGCAGAAUGCUGAGUGGCCUUUCAGGGGAUUUCAAUGCCAUCCUGGCAGGCUGCUUUGCAUAUGUGGCUGCUACCAGUGACAGGAGGUCCCGCACCUUCAGGGUGGCAGUGCUGGAGGCCUGUCUGGGUCUGUCAGGGAUGCUGGCCAGCAUUAUCGGUGGGCAGUGGCGGCGUGCACAAGGGUACAUCAACCCAUUUUGGCUGGCCUUAGCCACCAACUUGGCCUCAGCUCUGUACGCUUACCUGUUUGUUCGAGAGUCUGUCCUGCCAGACCCAAGCGCGAAGCUCCUCACCAGUCGCCACCACAAGGCGGUCUGGCGCCUCUACUCAUCAGGAGGGAGGAGCAGUGAGGAUGGUGGAGGGUUUCAUAGAUGCAAGCUAUGGUUUUACACACUCAGCUUCUUCCUGGUGGUGAUGGUACAUUCCGGCUGCAGGGAGCUGUAUGUGCUGUACGAGUUAAGCUCGCCGCUGUGCUGGGGCCCCGCCCUCAUUGGCUACGGGUCAGCAGCUCAGCACCUGGCCUACCUGAGCAGUCUGCUGGGGCUUAAGAUCAUGCAGCGCUGCCUGGAGGACUCCUGGGUGGCUCUUGUGGGUCUGGCCUCCAACAUUACGGGGCUAGUGGUCUUCUCUGUCGCUGACACCAUUCAACUUAUGUUCACAGGUUAUGGUCUGUGUUUCCUCUUCAUGGCCACGACACCUGUUCUCAGGUCGAAGCUGUCGAAGUUGGUGGACCCAUCAGAGCAAGGGGCCCUGUUUGCUUCUGUUGCUUGUGUGGAGAGCUUAUGUUUUCUGGUGGGUAGUGGUGUCUUCAACUCACUGUACCCAGCCACCCUGCACUUCAUGAAGGGCUUCUCCUUCCUUUUUGCUGCCAUGAUCCUCUUCAUCCCCGCUGGAAUAAUAGGGACUCUUCAAUGUUUAGACCAGAGGAGAGCCCCCAGAGACUCUACAGUAUCCUGACCUGAAAAGAUGCAGAGGAAGAACCUGUCAUGUGGUUUAAGUUCCUCCUGAUGUCAUUGUGUGCGGUGAGCAGCUCUGGCACAGAGACAUCCAUCAUGUCCGUCUGUGAUCCUCAGGGAAACGAUUGUAAGAGAGUUUAGUGACUGGAUUCUAGUAACAUCAAGUGAUAAAGACCAGAGGAUGAAGAAUCAAACUUCUGUCUGACUUCACUGACAAUGUCUUAAUGAUUAGAUGCUGGACACUGGAGUUCUUUUUUAUAUUUGGGGGUCCUAAAAUCUCAACUUUGUACUCAGUAGGCGGUGUAAUGAAGAAGAUUUUAUUCAUGCUUUAAUUUAGUGAUUUGACGCAUUUUCAGUAUCAAUGCAAUGAGUGCCAAAGAAUUUUCUGCACAUUUCCAUUUUUUGUAUAUGGACUUCAAUAGUUGGCACACUGCAGAGUAAAGUGCUAGGGGAAGUGCAAGAGGACUCCGACUAACGGUACGUUUUCAAUUAUGUCAUAAAGCAGACUCACACAACACUAACCUCUUUUGGCACCUACACAAGAAUCAUAUCAAACAGUACAGAGACUGAUUAGUGCCACAAAAGAAAAAUGCAGACACAGAUGUUGUAAAAGACUUUUAUCUGAAUCGGAACAUUUCAUAAAGAAUCAUGAAAUGGAAGGAGAUAAAAGCUGCUGUUGUUACCUUACAUCUGCAAAGACAUUUACAUAGUCAAUAAAAGAUACGAUUGGCAGUUAACUAGGAGUGAUAUGUAUCGUUAUCUGCAUAUGAAAUCAGGAUAUGAGAUAGGUCACACACUUUUUGUUCCUUCUGGGAAAGCUCUUCACAGAGGUUAUCUUACACAAAGUUUAUGAAUCUGAUUGUUUCCUGUAUGCUGUUUUUCACAGAAAUAUCCUGUCAAUUAACUUAUAUUGACAAUGGAAUUUCAAUGCAGAUGUUUCAACUGCAUCUGGAAUGUACAGUAUCUUACCGAUUAUUUUCCGCUGAUUCUUCACCACGUGCAAUUUAUUUCAAAUCAGAAGUGUUUUUUGGACUAAUAUCAUCUGCUUUGAGUACACUUUAUUUUAUCUUUUUUUUGUGUGAAAACAAUGCAUUCUCCAAAACUAGGGAUGAGUCAGCAGUAUAUAAAGUGGUUAAAUUGAGCUCCACCUGCAUCAGUUAUUAUAUUCAGAUAAUAUAACAGUCUCGGUACUUAAUGUAUGAUUCUAUUACUUUGUUACUUUUGAUUGCAGGAUUUUACUCAUAACAGAGAAUUUGUACAAACAUAUCCAAACGCAACUACGAUUAAAACUGCAGCAGCAGCCUGGGAUUACUGGUUACACCUUGACCCUCCUCCCUCCCUCCCUCCCUCCUUUUCCCAUAAAGCAGAGUGCACAGUCCAAACUCCCUGAACAACAUUGGAUAGUCCCCGAGCUCAGGCCCACAGCCCGACAUGCGCACAGGGGUCACAACCUGGUUCCUCAUUGAGGGAACAAGAGCUGCCAAACAGCUUUAAAAUGCACAAAGGGAAGUCAUAACGUUAAGUGAAGCAUUAACUGGACGACUGUGAAUUGAUCUGCAUGAAGAUUGUUUUUGACACAGGGCAGCAGUUUGUUCGGAUCAUGUGAUCAAAGCCAUUCUUCAGACAAACUGAGCGACAAAACUGACCAAUGAGGCUGUGUUUACUUCAUCAUAAUCAAUAUGGGCAGUAUUCAUUUUAUUUAUUGGAAUAGAAGUGUUUUGCUUAUUUUGUGAUUAAGAUUAUGACAGCUGUUCACAUUUCACAUGUAUGUAAGUGAACUUCAAA